AUGGAUCAACCUCAUGAGUGGCGGAAAAUUUUUAAUAAGAAGAUUUCUCAGAUUAAGCCAUCGAUUAAAUGGACACUAGAAAUAGAUAAUAACAUAAAUCCCCCAGUAAGUGGAUGGAAAUACUUUAUUCAGAAACAUGCAUUUGGGAGGUUUUGCUGCUCCUGGUGCAAUCACAGCUGGCAAUCAUUAAAUGUCUUUGUUGUGUUCAUUAUGAAUAAUAAUGGAGGAUACGUAAAGCAAGGCACAGUGAAGAUGAGACUUUUGGGACAGAGAUGUUAUAAGUGUAAUCGAAACAUGUUUGAGAAACCUCAGUUCUCUAGGAAUGUUACAAAUAACAUCCUAGAGAACCUAAUAAUUUCUAUACAACAAUACUGCUACCAUGAAAGAAAUGUUCCUAAUCUGUUUGAUGUGCAUGAUGGUCAGACUAGUCACGGACCUCACAAAAGCUCACACUGUGAGGCAUGUAAAAUGGGCAUAAGUCAUAUGCCCGGCGUCAUCCCUACCAGUCAACAUCACAGCAAUAACAGACAGAAAAGUCAGUUCAACAUUGAGAUACCAAAUGGUGACAAAGAAGAUGAUAGCUUUGGCCACAAAAAAAUGAGCAACAACAGAGGGAUGGUCACUGACCACAUGAAGCAGGGGGACAGUUGUAAAUACUUUUGCUGUUUCUUUUUAUUUGUGAUUUUAUUAUUAUUAUUAGUUUAUUUGUCUGUAAAGAAGUUCCUUUCUUAAAAUAAGUUUGAGACUAUACAUUGCAUUUAAUGGGAUGUU